AUGCCGCUUCCCAAAUGGGAUCUUGACCCCAAAAAAGAGAAGAAGCCACAGAAGCGAGGGCUCAAUCAGGAAUUACACCCGCUUUUGGGUAAUUUGGGAGAUAAAAUCCUCGACAAAAAGCCCGUAAAUGGCACCCGGUUCUCGGCGGAGUCGUUGAACCCAUACUUAGACCAGCUGACCAUCAGCGCUCUGAGGAAACGACGCCGAUUUGAACUCAAUGAACCGGGUAAGUGGGUGGAGAAGGCCGAUGUUAUUCGAGAUAAGCGCCAACGCGAUGAGGAGACCCGCCAACAAGAGGCAAAGCGGCGUGAAGAGGGACUUGUACCAGACAUAUUAGCCGGUGAAACUCGAUAUAAACCUUCGACACCUCCACCAUGGGUGGAAUGGUGGGACCGACCCUACUUAACUCAACCAAAUUACCUAAAAUUGGAUGAGUUGAUUACCGAUAGCGAUGACGCUCCGAUUACCAAGUAUAUUCACCACCCAGUGAUCCUACAGCCACAAUGGGAUAACCCAGUGGCGGCCAAGAUGUAUUUGACGAAACAAGAACGAAAACGGCAGCGCCGGCUCGUCAGAGAAGCCCGCAACAAGUUGCAACAGGACCGGAUCCGGUUGGGGCUUGACCCGGCGCCUCCACCCAAGGUUAAGCUACUGAACUUUAUGAACAUCUUGACCAAUGAAUCAUUGAAUAAUCCUACCGCGGUCGAAGCUAGAGUGAGGGCUGAAGUGAAAGCAAGACAAGAGAAGCACGAGGCUGACAAUAUGGCACGCAAAUUGACUAGUGAACAACGAGCAGAGAAAAUUCACAAUCAGCAUCAGCGAGAUAUUGAGAAGGCCAAACGGUGUGCGGUGUACCGCAUUGAUAAUUUCACUGACCCUCGUCAUAUUUUCAAAGUUGACGCUAAUGCCAAACAGCAAGAGCUUGUGGGGUUUGCCAUCCGCGCUGACCAAUUUGGAUUAGUGAUAGUUGAAGGUGGCCUGAAAAUGGUUCGGUACUAUGACAAUUUGAUGCUGAACCGAAUAAAGUGGUCCGAGGGAGAAGCGCGAUGCCGCCUUGUUUGGGAAGGUGCUAUCCCCGAACUUCACUUCAAGAAGUGGAGCACGGUCCAGCCCCAGCUGGACGAGGAAACAUUGGAAUUGCUUACGCGAUUUAAGUUGGAGCACUUCUGGCAGCAGGCACUAGCAAUGCCCGACGACUAA